AUGGCGAGCUCGAGGUUUAUUCGCUUAUGUGUGCACAAAAAUAGCCUUCUCACCAGCCAUAUUCCCAUUUUAAGACCACUUUCCAAAAAGGCAUAUGCAGAUAAUUUAAAUCUACCGCAAACGUUGUUUCCAUUACGAGCUAAUGCUGCUUUUCGCGAUUUGGAAAUACAAGAGUCUACCGGCUUUGAUAGCUUAUAUGAAUGGCAGCGACAACGAGAAACUCAGAAAGAAUUCUCUCUUCAUGAUGGACCGCCUUACGCUAAUGGAGACUUGCAUAUGGGACACUUACUCAAUAAGGUACUCAAGGAUAUUAUUAACAGGCAUAAAGUAUUACAAGGCUAUAAAGUACAUUAUAAACCAGGAUGGGAUUGUCAUGGUCUCCCAAUCGAACUAAAGGCAUUGAAAGGAGAUAACUAUGAUAAUAACAAAAUGCCCGCAAUACAGAUAAGAGAAACUGCGAAAGCCUUUGCUGAAGCUACUAUCGAGGAACAAAUGAAAUCUUUCAAACGAUGGGGAGUGAUGGCAAACUGGAACGAUGUAUAUAAAACAACUGAUAAAGAUUAUGAAGCUAAUCAACUACAGGUCUUUUACGAAAUGUACAAAAAAGGUUAUAUUUAUAGAGGUUAUAAACCUGUGUUUUGGUCUCCUUCAUCCAAGACUGCCCUAGCUGAAGCUGAACUUGAAUAUAAGGAUUAUACUAGUCGUGCGGUUUACGUAAAAUUUCCUGUAAAUACCCUUCCUGGUGGCGUUUUUGGAAUUGAUGGUAAAGCGUUUCUUACAAACUUAACCUAUGCCCUUGUAUGGACAACAACUCCAUGGACAAUACCCUUCAAUGAAGCUGUUUGUUACCAUCCAUCUCUCAAAUAUUGCUUUGCAGAAAAUCCAAAAACUGCUGAAGUUUACUGUGUCUGUACUGACUUAUUACCAAAAGUUGAAGAUAUUUUAAAUACGAAGCUUACGCGGUUUUUGUCAAAUAUAGGCCAGGAAUUAGAUGGUAUGGUUUGUGGUCAUCCAUUAUAUAGAGAUAAAAUAUCACCAUUACUACCUGGAAUUCACGUUACGAAGGAAUCUGGAACAGGUCUUGUUCAUACAGCUCCAGCACAUGGUAUUGAUGAUUACAACAUCAGCCGAAUAUACGAGCUUUCACUGGAUUGUGCGGUUGAUAAAGAUGGCUUAUAUACAGAAGAUGCUGGUUCAGAAUUGGAAGGAAAAUAUGUUUUGGGUGAUGGUAACAAUGCCGCCCUUGAAUUAUUGCGCGAUAGUGGCAAUUUACUUCAUGAAAGUGACUAUGUUCAUCGAUAUCCUCAUGACUGGCGGACGAAAAAACCAGUUAUUUUACGUGCAACGAAGCAAUGGUUUACAAUGACUAGCGGUCUCAUGCAACAAGCUAAGGCAAAUAUAUUCAGUCUUAAGAUGUAUCCUGAGCCGUCCCGAAACCGAUUUUUAUCCAUGAUAGAGAAUCACGAUUGGUGUAUAUCUCGUCAGCGCUAUUGGGGAGUACCAAUUCCAGUAUUUUAUCAUAAAUUGACGGAUGAGCCAUUAAUUGAUGAUGAUAGCAUAGCCCAUAUAACCAAACUGGUCAGAGAGUAUGGUAGUAACUGUUGGUGGAAUUUGCCUAUGGAAAAGCUGUUUCCCAUUGAACUUGCAAUGAAACAUUAUACUUCUCCUGCGAAAUUUCGCCGUGGUGAAGACACAAUGGAUGUCUGGUUUGAUAGUGGUACCUCUUGGGCAACUGUUAUGAAAGACCAGGAUGGGGUAGCCGAUCUUUAUGUUGAGGGCACGGAUCAACAUCGCGGCUGGUUUCAUUCCUCUCUCAUAACUAGUACAGUUACACAAUCGAAAGCUCCAUACAAGGGUAUAUUGACUCAUGGCUUCGUCAUGGAUGAGAAUAACAGAAAAAUGUCGAAAUCAUUAGGAAAUAUUGUUUAUCCAGAUGAAGCUAUCACUGGCACUAAGAAAAAGGUCGGCUUAGGAGCUGAUGUUCUAAGAUUGUGGGUUGCAGCUUCAGGCUACGCGGCUGAUUUAUCAUGUAGUAAUAGUAUAUUAGAACGAUUUGGAGAAUCACUACGAAAGGUGCGAAACUCAGCUAGAUUCCUUUUAGGCAAUCUUUACGAUUUUAACAUAGCUUCUAAUGAAGUGGAGCAUAACCAGAUGUUAGAAAUCGAUCAGUACGUGUUGCAUCGGACAUUGAAAUUCUAUGAAGAUACCAUUUCCUCGUACGACAACAUGCAAUUUGCGCCUGCUACCAGGCACAUCAUGAACUUUGUAAAUACAGACCUAGCAACUUAUUUUGAAGCAAUCAAAGAUCGGUUAUAUGCAGAAAGUUCGAAUGGUAUCCUUCGUAGGUCUGCUCAGACCAGUUUAUUUCAUAUUCUUGAUGUCCUAACUCGGGCAAUAGGACCAGUUACGCCUCAUUUAGCGGAAGAAAUUUGUACUUUUGCACCGAGUAAGUUUUACUAUAAACCCACGAAAAUUAUUACAUUCUAUGUAGUUCGUUACUGCUCCACAGUCUGCAACUUAGCACCCAAGUAUAGUUACUUUACAUUUAUGUAG